AGGUCAGGUACAAUGCAGGUGUUUGAUGACGUAAAGUUUGUCUAGUGACGUAAGGAUGCGCUGUACCCCUUGCAGCGAGUCGACAGCCCCCCAUUCCGUGCGUGUGCGCGAGCCGAGGAGAACAUGAAGAAACUAUUCGCAUUUCUCGUGUGUUUCACCCUGCUGGCCAGCCUCUCAGGUGCCACGCCGGUUGUGAAAGAGAGCGUUGCCAAGCAGCUGUUACGGAGCAAGAGACAGGAUGAGCCCCGAAAAGCGGGUUUCCCGGACGAGCCAAUGCGGGAGUACAUGCUGUACCUGCAGCAGCUGGACCAGAGGGCCCAGGAGACCAACCUGGAGAACUGGCUCAACCCACACUGCUACCCCCGCUGUGACCGCAACUAUGGCCAUCCCGUGUAAGCACUGGAUGAGGACAUGAGAGCGGCGAGCCCCUUCUCACUCGUCAAGGAUUACGCAAAAGCAUGCAGGCUUUGUAGCCACCUAGAAAUAUGAGUUUUUACUUCA